CGCUAUGCUAUUACAUAACACGUGCUGAUAAUCACAUGGCCAUUCAAUGCCCUCAUUUGCUGAUCGUCCUUUUGUGGGGUCACCAAGCAUCUUACGCUGAAUAUCACCUUGCAAACAAUUUCCGGUAUAACUACCUUCACUGUGGGGGGAAGAAGAUCACUAGUCUCGAGAUCACUCUGCUGGCCUCGACUGCGAUCUUGAAGCCUCCGAUGGUAGCAGCCUUUCGGCAUUACAGGUGGGCAGGACAAGAGACAAUCGAAGAUUGAACUGCUGGCCGAUAGACCGGCGUUAUCAAGUAUCUUAUCUUCUCUGUUGUGUCUGAUAAGCCUUAUCUUAUCCGAGGUAUCAGAGAGGAUCACCAAGUCCGACUAUUGCUUCGCCGUCGGUG